AUGUUGAAGAAAACUUAUGCGGAUCCAGAGAAAAUAACCUCAUCUCUAAUUUGUCAAGUAGCAGGCCUGCCUAAACCUUCUGCAGAUCUGGAUUCACUACGUGGCUUCCGGGCUAAACUUGAACAAUAUGUUAGAGGAAUAGAAAGAAACAAACCUAAUUUGGAUCACUGUACCUGGAUACUUGGUCCUUUAGUUUUCCAAAAACUACCUGGCAAAGUGAAAGAACAAAUCCAAAACAAGUGUGAACAGGACUACCCCUCACUCCUAGAUAUUAGAGAGGGGCUAGGAAAGAUAAUCCUGACCUUGUCUUCUUUGGAUUUUGAACCCAGUGAUAAGAACAAGGAUUACUCCCAUAGAAAACCCAAGCAUAACCAAAGUUCUAAUAGACCAGGUAAUCAGACCAAAACUCAGGUUAGUUCUUACACCCCUAAGAAAAAUGAUGUUACGAAUCUGAGUAUUUCUGUCACUCCAGGUCAGCCUAUUAAGACAGCUAGAACUCAAAGUUGUGUAUUCUGUGAUAGACCAGAACAUAAAGCCUACCAGUGUGACAUUUACAAGACCACGCAAGAAUGCAUUUCAAGACUUACCGCACAAAAUCAUUGCGUGAAAUGCACUUCACCUAACCAUAAGACAACAGAUUGUCUUGUAAAGUUCCACAAAUGUCUGUCAUGCAACACCAAGGAACUUAGAUCACUGUUUGAUUCUGGGGCACAACGCACCUUCAUCACACAAGAGGCAGUGGAAGAGUGUAAACUUGUACGAGACAAUCCUGUCCAACUGAGCAUCAGUGGGUUCUGGGAUACCAAAGAACCUAGAGAAUAUAGUAAGGUCACUGUACCUGUCAGGGUAAACGAUGACAGCCUUGUAAAUUUAAAGGCUAUUGUCGUACCUAAACUACCUCAGAGCACUAGGCCUCGUGGACUCUGCGAGAUAGUCUCUGAACUGAAGAGCCAGAAGGUCACCCUAGCUGAUCCUAACUUGUCAAGUAGUCAGAUUGACCAGGUGAAACUGCUUGUUGGCAUAGAUCACUACUUUGACUUCAUCCAUUCUCCACAAGCAAACGGAGUGAACCUGAUUGAGUCCUCCUUAGGAUAUCUGGUCGCUGGUAAACUGCCUAGUAAUGACACCCCAAUCAGUACUCAUUCUGUAACUGUAAUGAGACUGGCAGUUGAUGAACCUUCCAAAGCUGCUCUAUAG